AUGCUUCUGUUUUGCAUCUGCAUCCUGUCUUUCUCCCUGCUGACCACAUUUCCAGUGGUGAGUGCCAGUGUGUCCAGCAGCUUCAGAGACUGCAGCCAUUUCUUCUACAUGCAGACGCCACCUGCGGAAAUAAAAGGAACCAGCCUGAAGAGGAUCUGCCAGAAGUAUGCAGAUGAACUGCGCUACGCCACGUUGUAUGACAGCAGCCGCCGCCUCCCACUCUACUCAGCCUACAUCUUUAAGAAGUCUGAUGGGAUGAAAAGGAUGGACACGCCAUGGAUGUUUGAGCCACAGUUGGUUUCUGUUGGAGACAGUGGCAACAUGAGAGCUCUUGCACUUACUGACGAUAACCCGCCUCUGGUUGAGGACAGCCAGGCUGUGCUGGAGGACUACACAGAUGCAGUGGAAUAUAGACGUGGCCCGUUGAAUCCUGACCUGCACCAAUCAGAGCCAAAUGACAAAUCCUCCACAUAUACUCUGACCAAUGUAGUUCCAUUACUCACAAACUUUCUGGAAAGCACCUGGAACCCAUAUUUGGAUGUUAUCCGCCGUCGCCUCAACAACUUCUGCCACGGCAAAUCUUUCAUAGUGACUGGGGUUACCAUCUCUGGUGCGACAAUCAAACGAGAUAAAAGAGACCGCCUGGCAAUCCCAGAACACCUAUGGCUGGCUUACUGUUGCCCACGGUUUGACCGUAACUCUCCUUAUGAAGUGAGGUUCAUGUUCCCUAGUUAUGGAGGCUAUGCGCUAAAUGAACAAACUGACCAAGAAAUGGUGGAAGUCCCACUAAAGACUUUGGAAAACUUCCUGAAAAGUCAGAUAGACACAGAUGGUGACCUGACUAUUUUCUACAAAGGCUGUGUGUCAGAAAACCCCUUCAAGAAAAAGAGAGACCUGACCAAUGGAACUUGAGGAGCAGCCAACGAUGCAGCCUUUAUAUAAAAUGUACUGAACACCACAGACCUAUGUGGAAUCUGCUUUUUUUCCCAA